UUUUCAUAACAAUCUAACUAACACAGUCUUAAAAAAACACACACACCAUUUCCACCACCAUCCACCGCCAUGGCACCAACAAAGCCCACCACCGUCCGUACAAUCUCACAACAAGCAUUCAACGAAAUGGUCCAAGAAAACAUAGACUGUUUAGACAUGGACCCAACAGAAGCUUUAUCAGACGCAAUCGAAACCUUAAAACUACAAGGUGUAGAUCUUUCCGGCAUAGUCACCACCACACUCCCAGGAGAAACCAACCCAGUGAUCCAAUCACUUGACAAAAUCAAACAUUUGACAGGGUCUGAUUGGACUAAUGAAACUGUUUUACAUGAUGGGGUUUGUUUGUUGGACAGUUUGAGUGGUUUGUGUUGUGGUAAUGAAGGGUCCGAGAAUGCGGCUAUCGGGUCAAAAAACGGUGGGGUGGAGCUCAUGUGUGGUGUUUGUUUGAAAAUGAAAGGGUGUGAUGAAGGAGUUGUUUCGGUUUUGAAUGUUUUGGCUGCGUUUCUUUAUGAUCUUCAAAGUACUGAAACUUUUCGGCAGAAUGGUGGGCCAAAAAUGUUGGUCGAUAUCUUAAAUGAUGGAAUUGAAAAUGUGAAAAUCUUGAACAGUGGAUUUUCUGUGGUUGCUGCUGCUGCAACUGGUAAUGAGGUUAUUAAGGAAUCUUUUGUGGAGUUACAUAUAGAUGAGUUGAUGGUUUCGAUCAUGAGGAAGCAUACUAAAGGGAGCAUCUCAUGUUUGUAUGAUGCAAUUCGGGUGCUUUUGGCUGCUGAUGAUAACCGCGUAGUAGCUUCACAAGUUUAUGGCUAUGCACGACAAUUUGCAAAAAAUGGAAUAGCUGAAGUUCUUGUGAAGUCACUUAAGGAUGGGAUUAGCUCGACAAGUCUGGUAUCAGCAACUAUUGCACUAAAGGCCGUUGCAGUGAAUGAUGAAAUAUGCAGAUCUGUGGCUGAAAAUGGGGGUAUAGAUUCAUUGCUCAUUUGUAUUGAUGACUGUGGUGUACAAGGGAACAAUAUUGUUGCUAAAGCUUGCUGCUCCUUGUUAUCAAAGUUGGCAGGAAGCGACUUUAACAAGAGUGCUAUUGUUGAAAAGGGUGGGAUGAAUAGACUCAUCACACUUUGUAGUAGACUAUCUAAUGAUCCUUCUGUCCUUCAGGAGGUGAUGACUAUCAUAUGUACCCUGUGCCUGCGAUCACCUGGAAAUGCAACAUUGGCCAUGGAAGCUGGAGCAGGAGACCUUGCUAUACAAGCUAUGAAAAAGUUUCCUGAAGCAUAUCAGCUACAGAAAAAUUCGUGUCUCAUGGUCCGUAAUCUUGUUGCCAGGAAUGCUGAAAACAGGUCUCUUUUGUUGAGUAAUGGUAUUGAAAGAAUCAUACGGAAUGCCAAGGAAAACCACAAAAGCUGCAGAGAUGCAGCCACUGCUGCCCUUCGAGACUUGGGGCUUGACAACUACAACUCGUAGCCAUGCUAAUGGAUCAAACAUUUUUGCUUGAAAGAAAUUUCGUGUUUCUACUUGGAACAGUGAGGUGAUAUUUAGAUUUUGUGACAAGAUAGCAUAGUACUUGUUCUGCAACAAACAUGUAACUUUACAUGAAGUUGAGUGUUUUGAGGCUCCUUGUUCUCAACUUAAAUCUUAAGUCUUAAAUUUUGAAACUUUUUUAUGAAUUGUAAUGUUACUGUUA